GAGCACUUCAGAUUCCAGGAAUUGAGCGAAACAAUAAUAACUACAGAAUUUUUUCAAAGGAAAAUCGAAUUAAUGGAUACGAAUAAACAUAUAUGUAUAAUGUAUGUAUAGGCGGUGUGUGUGCUCGGGAGUGGCCCGCCGGAAAAUAUUAAACAAAUCAGAAAUAUGAAAAUGAAACCCAGUCUCCGCGAAGCUAUAGACUUGCUAUACAAGGAAGCUACCACAGCCACCACUGAGUCCUACACGCGCCUCCUCCUUGAUUGCAUCCGCAACCGAGAUGCCCACCAAGCGAAGAGACUCCAAGCCCACAUGGAACACCAAAUGCAUUCAACCACUACAGCAUUCUUUUACAACCGCCUCUUACAGCUCUAUGUCCAGUCGGGUUGGCUUUCAGACGCCCGUAAUCUGUUUGAUAAAAUGUCCAAAAGGGAUAUCUUUUCAUACAAUGUGAUGCUUUCGGGUUAUUCUAAAGUGGAUUCUGUUGAAGAUUUGAACGAGUUUUUUGGCUCAAUGCCUUUUCGCGAUUCAGUUUCGUAUAAUAUUGUGAUUGCGGGAUUGGGGUCUAAUGGGUGCGAAAAGAAUGCUUUGGAAUUCUUCGUGAAAAUGCAGAGAGAAAGAGUUGUUCCAACAGAGUACACUUAUGUUAGUCUUUUGAAAGUUUGUACCAAAUUGAUGUAUUUAGAAAGUGGUAAACAAAUUCUCUGCAAGAUUUUUGUUUCUGGAUUAUGGAAUAAGGGCAAUGUAUUUGUUUUGAAUGCCUUGUGUGAUAUUUAUGCAAAGUGUGGUAAGAUUGACAUGGCAGAAUGGUUGUUUGAUAAGAUUGUUCAUAAGAAUUUGGUUUCAUGGAAUUUGAUGAUUUCAGGGUAUUUGGGAAACGGACAACCCAUGAAAUGCAUUAAGAUGUUUGAUGAGAUGAAAGUUUUGGGUUUGAAAAUGGAUCAAGUUACGAUUUCGAAUGUCAUUGGUGCCUUUUUUAAGAUUGGGUGUGUAGAUGAGGCACGUAGAGCUUUCAGGCAGAUUAAAGAGAAGGAUAAGGUUUGUUGGACAGCUAUGAUUGUGGGGUAUGGGCAAAUUGGGCUAGAAGAGAAUGCAUUGAUGUUGUUCAGGGAGAUGCUAUUAGAAAAUGUGAGGCCUGAUAAGUUUACCAUGUCAACUGUGAUUAGUUCGUGUGCCAAAUUGGCUUCUAUGGUUGAAGGUCAGGUAAUGCACGGAAGGACUGUGCACAUGGGAGUUGAAUAUGAUUUGCUUGUUUCUAGUGCCCUUGUUGAUAUGUAUUCUAAAUGUGGAGAAAUUACACAUGCUUGGGUUGUUUUUUAUGGGAUGCCAGUCAAAAGUGUGGUCUCUUGGAAUUCCAUGCUCGUAGGCUAUGCCCAAAAUGGCAAAGAUCUUGAAGCGUUGGCCCUUUAUGAAGAAAUGCUCCGGUUGGACAUAAUACCAGAAAAUAUUACCUUUGUUGGUGUGUUGUCUGCUUGCAUUCAUGCAGGUCUUACAGAUCAGGGAGAACGAUAUUUUCAAUCAAUCAAAGAGAUACAUGGGAUGACACCGAGUUUGGAUCAUUAUGUAUGCAUGAUUACUCUUCUUGGCCGUUCUGGUAACAUAGACAAAGCAACAGAUCUUAUAAGAGGGAUGCCACACAAACCAAAUCACAUGAUUUGGUCAACCUUUUUAUCAGUUUGCAGGAAGAAUGCAGAUAUCAAACAUGCAGAAAUGGCAGCAGAAAACCUUUUUAAGUUGGAUCCACUCUAUGCUGAACCUUAUAUAAUCCUCUCCAACAUGUAUGCUCAUCAUGGAAGAUGGAAAGAUGUGGCAUUCAUUAGGUCUCUUAUGAAAAACAAGCAGGUUAAAAAAUUCACUGCUUACAGUUGGAUUCAGCUUGACGGAAAGGUCUAUAAAUUUGUGUCAGGAGAUCGAAGUCAUCCUGAAUCAGAACUUAUACAUCUAGAACUAGAUUCGCUGAUAAAAAAGCUACAAGAAGCUGGAUUUGCACCAAAUAAAAGUUUUGUUUUACACAAUGUGGGGGAAGAUGAGAAACUCGAAUCUAUAUGCUAUCACAGUGAGAAACUUGCCCUUGCUUUUGGAUUGAUAAGAAAACCUUCUUCAGCAUCGCCUAUUAGGAUUAUAAAGAAUAUCCGCAUUUGUGGAGAUUGCCAUCUGUUUAUGAAGUUUGUAUCCAAAAUUCUUAGUCGGCAUAUCAUUUUAAGAGAUGCUAACAGAUUUCAUCAUUUCGUUGGAGGCCAGUGCUCAUGCAAGGACCUUUGGUGAUCAUUCUAGCAACUAUCAGCCUCAUGAAAGCCAAUAGUGGCAGGUAAACAUGGCAGAAACUUGCACGAGCAUCCAUGGAAUAUGUUGAAGAGAGAAAUGAUUGGUUGAGCUGGAACUUUAUGCAGGCUCAGUGACCUUAGCAGUGUAAACUUUGAGCUCAGCAGAUACAUUGCACAGCUUUCAAUGAAUAAGAUUUUAGAAUAUUACACAACUCUGGAGUUUUCCUAAAAAUGAUUCGACAGAUAGUAGGCCUCUUUGGAAAUAUUCUAGGUAUUCACCACACACAGGAUGGUCCAGAUAUACAAAUUAAGACCUCCAACGAACAGAAUCUGUGUGAAGACAGAGAAAUCUAAAUUGGUGUGUAAAAGUCCUACUUCGUCUUUUUUUAUUUCAUGGUAUGCAUAUCAUCGAAGUCCAACGUCAUUGGCUUCUACACCACACUUUGCAGAAAACAAGUUCAAAGAGAAGUGGAAUGCUAAAGAAUUGGGCAUUAACUGGCACUUUGUGGUAAUCAUUGGCAUCCAUUCUGUUGUAACAUGGAAGGAUUUGGAUCAGAAGCCUCAUCAAGAGGAUAAACGAAAAGAACUUAGUUCCUUACCUUAAAGAGAUAAAAAAAGAAGCCACAAGAUUUUCCAAUAUCUUCUGUUUCCUCUAGUUUAACAAUUACAUUAAUACUUGAUACGUUGCUUGCAAAUCAACAUCGAGACAAGUUUGAACCUGCUGUCUAGGCUUUUAACUGUCUAAAAAUUGAAUAUAAUCCUAUGCAUCCCUUGAUGUAGGUUCAGUUAGAAAUAUUCUUGCAACAUCUUUGUGCAUUUUUCCAAUUGUAACAGAUUUUUGUCCUGUAA